GGGGAGUAAAUCUCGAUUAAUCCCGUCAAAACCAAUGAAGACUAGUAGUACUACUCGUAUUAGAAGCUUUCCGUUGAGCCAGUUAAAUCGGAGCACACACAAAAAGGAAUUCCACUGAAUUUGAAGUAGCUUGCAAGCCAACUUUACCAAAGCUGCUGAGCUGACGAAUGACGAUGAUGACCCACACCACAUAAUUAAUUACCAGUACUUCUUAGUAACUGCCGAACCAAACAAGUAGUGAGUGAUAUUUAUGGAUCCCCCACUACCAAAACUCCCUUAUUAACAAUUCAAAUACUACGACUACCAUUUUAUCUCUUCCCCUCCUCAUUUGAGCGAUGACUGUGAAUACAUUUUUAUCCAUUUUUAUUUUCUGCAUUUUAUUAUGCUUCGGCCUCAUUCAAUCCGCUCCUGAAACGGCUUUGGUCACUCAUCUUCCUGGUUUCAAUGGAGCUUUUCCUUCCAAACACUAUUCAGGGUAUGUGCCAAUAGGUGCAGCUGAUGGGAAGAAAUUGUUUUACUAUUUUGUUCUUUCUGAGAGAAACCCAACGGAGGAUCCUGUUGUUCUCUGGCUUAAUGGCGGCCCAGGUUGCUCCAGCUUUGAUGGCUUUGUAUAUGAGCACGGUCCCUUUAAUUUUGAAAAGGGAGAUUCACAGAAUAGCCUUCCCAAACUUCAUCUGAAUCCUUACAGCUGGUCCAAGGUCUCCAACAUCAUAUAUUUAGACUCUCCUGCUGGUGUUGGAUUCUCAUAUUCUGGAAAUGAAAGUGACUACAUAACUGGAGACCAAAAAACCGCUAUUGACUCUCACAAAUUUCUCCUUAAGUGGUUUGAGCUGUACCCAGAGUUUCUUGACAAUCCAUUUUAUAUUGUCGGUGAAUCAUAUGCGGGAAUAUACGUACCAACCCUGUCCUUUGAAGUGGUCAAAGGUAUUGAUGCCAAUGUAAAGCCUGCAGUGAAUUUUAAGGGUUAUAUGGUUGGAAAUGGAUGUACUGAUGACAAAUUUGAUGGUAAUGCUCUUGUUCCAUUUGCACAUGGAAUGGGCCUCAUUUCAGAUGAACUUUAUCAGGAGGUUAUUACUGAGUGUCAGGGAAAUUUUUAUAAUCCUGCAAAUGACAACUGUGAAAGCAAACUUGGGAAAGUUGAUCGUGAAAUCUCGGGUUUAAACAUUUACGAUAUUCUUGAACCAUGUUAUCAUGGCUCAGAGAAUAAAAUCACAACUGUUACCACGAGAUUGCCGCAAAGCUUUAGGAAAUUGGGGGAGACGGAAAGACCUCUUCCCGUGAGAACAAGAAUGUUUGGCCGUGCAUGGCCAUUAAGAGCUACGGUGAGGGAUGGAAUUGUUCCAACUUGGCCCCAACUUCUGAACAGUGGAAAUGUCCCAUGCACAGAUGAUGAAGUUGCAACUUCGUGGCUGAAUGAUGAAACAGUUAGAAAAGCAAUUCAUGCUGAACAAGCAAGUGUGGCAGGCGAAUGGGUGUUGUGCACGGGCAGAAUUUCAUUUAGGCAUGAUACUGGCAGUAUGAUUAAAUAUCACAGGAACCUCACUUCCCGUGGUAUCCGGGCACUCAUAUUCAGCGGGGACCAUGAUAUGUGUGUUCCCUACACUGGAAGUGAAGCCUGGACAAGAUCAAUGGGAUAUGAAAUUGUGGAUGAGUGGAGGCCAUGGAUUGUAAAAGAACAAGUUGCUGGGUACAUCCAAGGAUACGGCAACAAUCUUACUUUCCUCACUGUAAAGGGUUCUGGUCAUACAGUCCCAGAGUAUAAACCUGCAGAGGCACUGGCAUUCUAUAGCCGUUGGCUUGCCGGGGAAAAGAUAUGAGAUCGAGAACCAUGAUGUUCCACUGAGCGUUCAAAAUAAGGAUAUAACUCCCUGAUUUAUUAAACAGAUGAUUUAAUAUAAACAUACAAGAAAGAUACACGACAGUAAUCUUAAGAGUCGAGCAAAAUUGGAUUUGGAACAUCAAAUUGAAGAAGCUUGAUAUACUGUAACGUUAUAAACUAUUAUGUGGAAUAGAUAAAUUAUUUCUCUGCUAGUGUAAUACAAUGUGCAACUCAUUUGAAGAGUACAUGUGCAAUAAUAGACGUGUAUAUGUCUA